AGCAGAGACCAUUAUGAAAUCAAUAGGAGUUAAACUCCUCCACAACAACGAAAUUUUAACAACUGGGAGUAGAACAUCUUGUCCAAAGGUCGAAACACGGAACUAAAGAUGGGGAGUGUGGCAGGUGUUUGGCGCCUGCCCGGUGUUUUCAUAGUUAUUAACUUUCUAUUUCUUUUUAUAACCUCAAAACUUAUGACUGUAAAUUCAACCGUUAGGUAUCACUUGCUGCUUGUACAGUACUUGAUUUUAGCUGAGACGUUAUUCGUUCUCGUUACCCGAAGCUUGUACAAUCGGAUUGUCGACAAAUGGCCUAGGCAAAGCAAAACCGGAUUUAUCCUGCGAAUGAUGCUUGCACCUGUGUUUAUCCUUGGACAAAGUCAGAUGUUGCUACAUGUUGUAUUAGUUGCCACAGAGCCAAAACUGUUGUCUUUGAUUACUGGAUACACGUUUGGAUUUCUCAUGUACCUCAUCGCUGCCGUAAUCGUGGUCGAAGUUCUGUACCACGUGGGGCUAAUAAUACGAAAUAAAAGCCUGAUAUCCAUAGUCACGCAAGUAAAAACUGAUGCCCAGGAGCGUGUCAUGAUUACUGUGACGUUAUUGCUUUCUUGUGUUUGCUUCUACUUUGGAAUGAGAAAUUCUAGCUUUCCUGAUGUUGUCAGAGUUAGAGUGCCCAUACAUAAUUUGCCGGCUUCUUUUAAUAAUACAGUGAUAGUUCAACUGUCUGACAUGCAUAUCGGUGUUGUUAAUGGAAGGUCAUCACUGGAAAAAGUUGUCAAAAUUGCAAAUUCUUUGAAACCAGAUCUUAUAGCUGUUACUGGCGACACUGCUGAAGGAGGAGUAAGCAAAAUUAGACAUGCCCUUGAGCCUCUUCGGAACCUGAGAGCCAAAUUUGGUGUUUAUAUUACAACAGGAAACCAUGAUUACUACACAGCUGAGAUUGACAACCUCAUAGAAAUGUGGCAGUCAGAAGGACUUGUGGUUCUUCAUAACCGAAAAGUUUCAGUUAAGAAUAGUCGAAAUGAUGUGCUACAGUUGGUUGGCAUUGAUGAUACAGAAGGGAAAUUUUUCAGAGGAGAUCACCAUGGGCCUCAUUACGAUGAAGCUUUAAUGGAUAGGGAUCCAAAUGCCCCAACUAUCCUGCUAUCCCAUCGACCCUCUGUUUCAAAGAAAGCUAUGACCAAUUAUGGAAACAUCCAAUUGGCUUUAAGUGGACAUACACAUGGAGGACAGUUUCCUCUUUCCGGGCUGUUCCACUACCUGUCCGAGCCGUAUUUCAAAGGCCUGUACAAGUUUGACAAAUAUUCUUAUGUGUACGUGUCAACGGGUGUGUUUUUUUGGGCCGCCCCUUUGAGGCUGUUUCACAAGGGAGAGAUUACACACAUCACAUUGCUUAAAGCUUAGUAUAAACAUAGUACAAAGAAACGAUAUGUACAUCUAAUGAACUUCAUAGUUGAUCUGUCUUAUUCUGAGAAAGACUUGAUAAUCAAUCAACAAUGUGUAAAUGAUUGUUUAUAUUAUCAAUUUCUACUUAAUUGUAAUUUCAGAUGCUCGAAUACACAGUCUCGAAUACCCAUCUUUACCGACCAACCUUGUAACCUCGCAAAAAUUUUUUUUGCUCGAAAUAAGCCAUUUUCCAGCUGUUCCCUCCCUCUCUAGUUCCUAGAUAUAAUCUGCAAGAUAGUUCUAGAACCAUAAUUACACCGCCAUCCACUGUAACCCCACCAUCCACUGUCACCCCAUCUUCCGUUCUUUAAAUGAACAUUUCACUCCCUCCCCCACUUGAGUAAAUUCUCAUUCAGAAAAAUUUCACCUUACUGCCAUGGCUAUGAUAAUGAUAAAACACUUCGGUAGAAUGUAAAGUCAAAUUUUAAAUAUGAACAAGAGCUUCAAAAAUAGUCAGAAUAUUUAUAAGAACAUUAGCUUAAAAAUGGUCAAGAGCUUAGAACAAAUUAAGAACAAGUGGAAGCUGAGCUACUGUAAAAUGUAGUUUUCAAAUGCCCUUAAACAUUUUAUCCCAAAAAUUAGCCGGUUUUUUAUAUCUAGGGUUGCUUCUUCGGUUUUUUGACACUCUUUUUUAUAAGAACCAGCUGACUGUUCUUAAUUUUAUCGAAAAUGGGAUGAGGCUGGAUUGUUCUUAAUUUUUUCUUAAAUUAAGAGGGUGUGAGCAGUGCGAGUGCUGGCUUUUUUGCUCUAGGGUGGUGUUCAGGCCUCAUUUGCCAACAAAGUGAGUUAGACAGCCUUAAUUUGCUGACAAAUGUGAAUAUUCACCGAAAAAGCACCCACACAUCGCUUAAAACCCUCGAUUUUGAGAGAAAACGUUGUUCAAAAUUGCAUUUUGCAGAAGCUCGGCCUCAGCUUGUUCUUAUAAAAAAGAGUGUAUUUGCCAAAAAGUUUGGAAAUUUGUCGACAAAUCUCCUCUAGGUGGCAGUAUAAAAUUCCGUUUUGCAACGGAAUGGUUUUCAAAUGAGGUUUCACACUUCUCGCACCCCUCACGCACGCUCCCAACCCCUAAUGACGGUCCUCCUUAGUUCAUGCAUGAUUAGCUGUGUUGUUAAAUUUUGACCCAAAGGGAAUGCCUUUUUAUGCAGUUGUUUUUGUCGAUCGUAGUUAUGACAAUAAUGUUUUUGAAUUUGA